AUGAAAUUCACUACUAUUACUGCUGUUGCUUCUAUCGCCGCUGUCGCUACCGCAGCCCCAACUGCUUCCAGUGAUGCUAUUUCUGUCCCAAGAGCAUCCUCCGCUCCGCUUUUCCAAGAGAUUAGUCAAUUAGAAAAGGACAUUUCAUCGAUUGUUCAAGAUGUUCAGGCUGUUGUUCCAUUGAUUACUGGUAACUCAACUUUCCCAGAAAACAUCAAGGACUUGAUCACCUCAAUCUCCCAAUCCGCUGGUGACAUUUCUCGCUUGGUUGGUGACGUUUCAUCCGAUCUUAACGGUAUCUUUGGCCAAAACAACUAG